UGAGUUUAAGCACAAGAGGGCGCUGUGGGGAACCAAUUCGCCGGAUGAACGCCAUUCCUGCCUAAGAUUAAAUAGACGUAUGCUAGCUGCUGCCGCUAACUACCAAAGGCAGCAGGUGCCCAGUGGUGCCUUAUCUUGUCCUGAAACAACCGCAUGGAUCACAAUGAAAACCGUGGGACACUCAGUCCCAACAACAAUGUGGGAGAACCUGAACUGUGUCUGUCCAGCGCCCCCUGUCAAACGGAAAGUGGAGGUACCAUCUUGCUACAGCUGUUUGAAUUUAAAACCCAUCUUCUGGAGGCUGUAGAGGAGCUGCAUAUCAGGAAGGAUGCUGAGACACGCUUUGAAGAUCAGAUCAGUAAACUGGUUUUGGAGAAACAAGAACUGGAGUGGGAGAAGGAAGCUCUUCAACAUCAGAUUGAAAGAGCUGUGAACCAGCACUCAGAGUCACUCACCAGCGUUAAGAAGCAGUUUCAGGCCCAAAUCAGAAACAUCGAGGAGGAGAAGGGGAAGUACCAGGUCAGUGCUGAGUUGAAGGACAAGGAAAUUAACAACUUAAAAGAAGAGCUGAGGUCGUUGCAGUUGCUGAAGUACAACUUGGAGAAGAAAUCAAACGAGCUGGAACAGAAACUGGCCUUGCAGAGCAGGUCAAAGGACAGUCACUUGAACCAGCUGGGGGAAGUGGAGAAGCGAUUUGGGGCUCUGUCGAGGCAGUGCGCCGUGGUCAAACAGGCACAUGAGAAACUGGAGCAAAAUGUUGAUGAGGCCAUGAGGCUCAACAACAAACUGACUUCUGCAAAUAAAAAACAAGAGGCCACCAUUGUUUUCAUGACAAAGGAAUUGGACGAAGUGAAUAACAAGCUAAUCAAAGCCCAGGUGAUGUCGGUCCGACAUGACAGGUCUCACAGUCACACAGCUGAAAAGCAGGAAAUGCAAAAGCUGCUUCAAAAACUGAACAUGGAAACUGAAAUGAACAAGAAACUCCAGGUGGAGAAUGUAGCUGUGCGAGCAGAGAAGCAGGAGGUGAUGAGAUCUCUGCACCAAACCCAGGAGCUGCUGUUGAGUCAGACACAAACAAUAAGCAGAGUCGAGCUUGAGCUGCAGACACAAAGAGAGCAGUGCCAGGCCCUUAAGCAGGAACAUGAAGUGAUGCGAGACAAACGCAAGGCAGCGGAAGAUAAGGUGGCCCAACUGAUGGAGAGCUACGCUGCCUCAAAGACGAGCUGGCACAAAGAGAAGAAAACGCUGCUUGAUUCUACCAAGAGUGAACAGCAAGACCUUCAGUCACUGAAAGAAGCUUAUCAUGUGCUUCAUCAGAAACACUCUGAACUGUCCUUUCUGGCCAAGGCACAGGCACAGCAUAUAUCUGAAUUAGAGGUCUCCCCUCUUAAUGAACUCACCUCCAGCUCUCACUUGACCUCUCAGACCAAAAACUCAGACAGUUCUGAAGAUACAGGAGCUGUGACCAAGCUUGUUGAAGCAACUGGAGGGACAGUAUGUUCUCUUUCAGGACAAGAAGUCCUAAAGCAGCAACCACAGUCUGGAUCCAAACAGUCCCUUAACGCCUCACACCUGUUCACCUGCUCACUUAUCACCAGCAGUGAGAACGAUCCUGCUGCAGUGUCAGAUUUGACUCAUACCACUUCCUCUGUGUCUGACUAUGAUCAAAUCAUUGGCAAAGGCUGCUCUGCUGCAUCUGUGCCAAACCCUGACCACAGUUUAAUCACAGAGACUGCAGGUUUAAAAAACACAAAUGAUGAAGACGAGAGCAUUGGGAUGAAUGAGAAAAAAUGUGGAGGGAAGGAUGAUGAGGGACAACAAAAGAGCAACAGAAAAGAACAGGAAAGGAGUGAAGAAGAGGAUGUAAACCAGGAAAGAAGUGCUGAAGAGAAGAGAGGAACAGUCAUGACCCAGAAAAGUGGUACAGUAGACAGACGGGAGGACGGCCAGGGUUCAGCAGAGGAUGCUGGGAACACCAGAAACCCUGAAAGUGAGACAAGAGAUAGAGGAUUGGGACAAGGGACAGAAGGAGCAAAAGAGAGAGGACAGAAACUAGUGCACACACUGGAAACACUGAUACUGACCCAGACAACUACAGAGAAGAGCAACACACUUCAGGUCACUGACUUCAUGGACACUGAGCCUUCACUGGCUGUGUGUGAGCCUUUAGACUGUUCACAAAGUCUCUGUGAGCUGGAUGCUGUCUCCAGCCAUGUGACCAAAGCAUGUGGUACUCAAAGAGAAGAACAGUCACUCAGUUUUGGUGACAGCAUCAGUCAUGGGCCUGAUCCUGUCUUUCAAGAGCAAAACCUCUGUCCUGGUGAGGUCCAAACUCAUUUGCAAAGCCAAAUUCAUCAAAUUUCUGAGAAAACCACAAGGGAAACACCAGCAGAUAAAUCAGCUGAACUUUCAGAACCUCUUAGUCAAGCCAUGGUUUGUAGUACACAGACAAAUUCUGCACCAGUAAUUACUCAAAGAGCGUUUAUUGUCACUAUCCAAGAAUCAGAGACAACUACAGGCCAAACAAUAGAGAGCGAUAAACCUUCUGAUAUUACCAUCAACGUGAAGCAGUCAGGCGACGUGUGUCAUAAACAUGUGAGUGAAGACAGUGUUUCAGCCAAACUCACGGUAGAACCGCAAACAUGUCCUCAAAGUCAGGAAGUCUUAGAGCAAGAGAGCAAACGACUCAAGCUUCUGGCAACUAAUGAUGAUGAUGAUGAUGAUUCUAGUGCGAAGAGGGAGCAUCACUCAAAUGUGGUCACACAAGAGAACUGCGACCGUGAUGCCGUCCAAGAACCUGUAGAAGAAUGUGCUGUGACGGAUGUCUCUGUUGAUAUCACAAUGGACGCUGAGGACACGGGAGAGACAAAGGAAUCUAAAAGUGACACUGAUAUGAAACUGUCCGUCGCCUCAACUGGACCCAGGUCGUCGUUUGAUUUGAUCCCAGUCCUGCAUCAGUUUGCUCAGGGAUCUGAGCAGAACAAGAGUGGGUCUGGUGGAAGCCUCAGACAUCCUCCCAGCAGAAUACUCAUGUUCCCCAGAAGCAAGCAGGGCAAAGUCCCCUUGGUAAUUACCAGAGCGUCGGAUCUGUUGAAUGCCUCCAGUGUCUCUGGGAAUCCGGCUUCCUCCACAAGACACCAGCAGGGAGAGUGGAAGGCUUUGGGAGAGACGUUCAGAGAGACGAGAGCAGCAGAUACGGAGAACAGAGCUGCUUUGACUUCUUUCCCAGUCUCUGCCUCCAGCAGCACAGUCAGUGGACAGAUGUGGCCGACCACUCCAGGGUGCAGCAGAGCUCCUGGGUCAACAGUGGCCCCACUUUCAGACUGUGCCUGGGAAACUUCCUUCUCUCAGGAGAGAGAGGAGCAGCAAUCAUCAUUCAGAGCUCAGAUUUACAAAAUCGAACAGUUUCUCAUCGCAGAGAGACUCCGUCAGCCCAAACGACGAAAGACUGAGUGAACUGCAUCUACGGUCUGAGGCAACUCACACAUACAGAUCCACAAUUUAACUUUAACAUCAUUUAUAUAGAUUGAGUACAUGUUCCUUUCAACCAUAUAGAUUAUUCAUGUGUUUGAUUUGCAAAUGUCUUUUUUGCAAAAUUGCCUGUUGGCGCAUUACAAACGUG